GUCAUGUGAUUGUAUAUCACGACAGGUGUCGACACAAUAAUGACAACCAAAAAGUGUAUUAAAGUGUUAUUCAAUCACUUAAUCAGUGAUUGAAUGCGUUUGCAGUGAAAGUAUGAAAUCAAUUGACUGUUUGACUAUAUAUUAGUUAAAUGUCCACAACUUUGUCGUCCAUAUCAUUGAUGAUCACACGUAGUAAUGGGUGGCCAACAGUCAAUUGGUCAGAAGUCGUUCACUGUCGCCACAGAAGACCGUAUUUUCUGGCCAACCACUGGCCGACAGCGGCCGUUGUCAGCGUUGGGCCGUAAAUAUGAAGUCGCGACGAAACAGCCGUUGAUAUUUGCGGCGGUCGACGCCAACGACUGUCCACGCCUUCGGCAACUCAUCCAUAACGGACACAACAUUAACAAACGCGAUGUCAACGGUCUAACGGCUCUUCACUUGGCGGCAAUCAAUGGCAACGAAGAGUGUGUAGAUUUGUUGCUCGAGUUCGGACCACUUUUGAUGACAUGUCCACUAAGACAAACAGCGCUACAUUUUGCCGCACAAACGGGCACUAAACAUAUGAUCGACUCUUUAAUGAACUACGGAUCGGUGGUCAACACCAAAGACUCGAUGGGCGCCACACCGUUGACCAGUGCUGUCGAAGUUAACAAUAUGGAGACCACAGCAGCGCUUCUCAGUCGUGGCGCACAAAUCGACACAAAUGUCUGUUUGUCGGCCCUUCAGAAUGGCUUUACAGAUGUAUUAAGACUUUUAGUGAAUUAUAAGCCAAAUAUUGUCACACAAAUUGAUUUCAAAGACUUUCGCUUUACUCGUCUAACAUCUACUGGACUUAAGAUAUUAUAUUACAGUGGAUUACAAUUGACUAUUGAAYUCAUGUCACGAAUCAAACCAUUAGAUUGGAGUGACUUUUGUCUCGGCGGACAAAUACGUCUUCCGCCGCAUCACUACAAUCGCGACAAAGACAUCGCAGCUUUCGAUGAUUUUAUCCAUUGGUUGGAUACCAGACAAGAGCCGCCGUCACUAAAGUGUUUGUCGAGAUUAGCAUUUCGCCAGAAAUGUGGUGAUCAUAGCGUUGAACUAGUCUUAAGUGAGUUAAAAAUUCCCGUUGUUUUGCAGUGUUAUCUCUUACUCAAAGACAUCACCGAUUGAUCACUUGUUGUAAACAGAUUCUCUAUUUUUGUGUAACUGUAUAUAUAUUUGUAUAAAUAAUUGUUGUUAUUUUAAAUUUUAU